AUGAAGCACGUAUCCUCGGCCGUCGGCUUCGCGGCAAAGUUGAAGCCAGAGAUCCGGCUCGCCAAGGCCAUUUCGGAGUUCAACGCUUCUCUCAGCAACACGAACCAGCGCGCCAGAUUCAAGAACUUACAGUCACAGAGCCCUCCCAGCCCAGACGACAUCAUUAGGCUCACCGAGGAGAUCAACCGGGAUGGUGCUAGAGCUCACCGAUCAUGGAGGCCAUAUGGCACUCGACUUGUAGCCAUCCUGGAACGCAUGCGCCAAUUUGCUCCCAUUGGAGAUGUUCUAGUGGGAGGCUCACAGAACCUUAUCGCUUGCGGUGUCUGGGCCGUGGUUCGCUUGUCUCUAGAGACGGCACUCUCUUUUCUGUCAUACUUUGAAAAUGUCACGAACAUGAUGCUAAGGCUGGGGCGAUCCUUGUCUCUUCACAAGGAUUUCGUCAUGCUGUUCCCGAGAUGUUCGACACUCCAAUCCUACAUGUGCGAGUACACGAUCGUCAUGGUCAACAUCUGCGCCAAGAUUGUGCACAACUGCGCCAAAUCUGCCCUAUCCCAGCUUGCAGCUUCGUUUACGUCCACAUUCGACGCGGUUUUUAAGCCGUUGGAGUCGGACCUCACAGCCUGGGCCCAGUUGAUCGAGAAACGCGCGACAAUCCUCCUUGCCAAAGCUGGUCUCCAAAGCCAGUCAUCAGUCUUGGAGCGAUUUAACCGACUGCAGGCCACCGUGUCACGGGAAUCAGUAACUCAACAAAAAGAGACACGCAAGCAUCGGCUGCUUACCGCUCUGUGUCCGGACCAGGGCGAGUUUAGCCUCAUCUGGCGAAGGGAAAGGAAGAGAGGCACGUCAAGCUGGAUGUAUGAGACACAUGCGUACAAGGAUUGGCUAUCAUCUGAGGCUGAGUCCGUCCUUUGGCUCAAGGGUAACCUUGGGUCAGGAAAGACAGUAACAAUGGCCUCUGCCGUUGCUCACCUGACCUCGGCUGCACCUUCCAUGGACCCCCAGGGUGCUGUAACUGUGUCAAACUUCUUCUGCCAAAGCAACAACUCGAAAACUCUGUCUGCCAGUACUUUGCUAGGUAGCAUUGUAGGACAGGUAUUGCAAAAUCCUGCUCUGGAGCCUUCACUCAUGUCAUUCCUUGAGCAACUGGAAGUGAUUCCGGAUGCUCACGCAAUGCCUGAAGAGUAUAUUGACAUCUUGCUGAAAGUCACACCCCCUCAUUGGAGAGGAAUCUUUGUGGUUGAUGGGCUCGAUGAGAUGCCCCGAGAAGAAGUUGACGACAUUUUCGGCCAAUUACACCGCCUAGGAGAGCAUCGAUGGGUAAGCCUUUUGUGCUCAUCACGGCCCACGUCGGUAUGCUACACCAUUGCCCGGUCAAAACUGGAUGAGAUGUGGACUCUCUCUAUGGAAACUGCGGACAGGUCCGGGGAGAUCCGCGCAUACCUUGCAGCGGAAAUAUCCAGGUGGAAUACAAUCAGACCCUUGACGACAGAGUUGAACAGGUUGGUGGAAGAACAACUGCUUGCGGGAUGCCAGGGCAUGCUGCUAUGGCUAUCACUUCAGAUCGAGGACAUCUGUCCCAGAUACACCCAAGAACUGCGGUCAGACGCGGAAAUCCUGGAUAUACUAGGGAACCUACCAAAAGACCUACCGGGAGCGUUUGACAAAGCACUGUCGCGAAUCCGCGAUGACAAAUAUGGCAGUAAGCUCUUCGAAUUGGUCGCGUCAGCAGAGCCACCUCUGAGCAUGGACGAACUACGCGUGGCGUUCAAUGUUGAUCCAGGAAACACCAAAUGGGAUGAUUCGACACUGUUCGGUUCCGGAAAGGCACUUAUUUCGGCUUAUGGGGGCAGCCUGUUGGAUGUCGACGAGGAGGAUCUCCAAGUCAGAUUCAUCCACUAUAGUGUGCUUCUGCACCUCACUGCCCGUUCUACAGACGUCAAGACUGGAAUCUUUCACUUUGACCUCUCAGAGGCGGAAAUGACACUAGGUGCUGUGUGCGUCACCUACUUGAACUACAGCGUCAGCGUGACCCCAAAGUAG